AUGAGCUCGUCAGGCCGGUCUCGCGAAAUGUCCAAGCCCGGCAUCAUGGAAACGAACCACGCUUGUGUUGGUCAUGACCAAGAGAUUGGCAUGGGGGAACUGGAUGAGCGACACAGGUCGACAUGUGAAGAUGCCCGUAACAUGCGGCGAAUGGGUAGAACCCAAGAACUGGUUCGGCAUUUCCGCUCGUGGUCCAUGGUAUCAUUUGUCGCCCUCGCCACCUCUGCAUGGGAGCUGUCACUAUUUGGAAUCACACCAGGCCUUACCGACGGCGGUCGGCCUGUUCUGGUAUAUGGCUUUCUCUGGAAUUUCGUUGGUUUCGUCCCAGUCUAUCUCAGCAUGGCUGAAAUGGCCAGUAUUGCGCCAAUAGCUGGCGCUCAGUAUCACUGGGUCAGCGAGUUUGCCCCAGACAGGUACCAAAAGAUCUUGAGCUACAUGACGGGAUGGACCUCGACGCUUGCCUGGCAGGCUGGCAACGCUCAAGGCCUGUUUAUCGUGGGAUCACUUAUCCAGAGCAUCAUCACAAUAAACGAUAACACCUACUCACCAGCUAAUUGGCAUGGAACACUUCUCGUGAUGGCCAUCACGGCUAUUGCGCUCUGUGCCAACGUCUUUGCCGCCAGGCUGCUGCCAUACUGGCAAAAUAUAGUCUUUGUUGUCCACAUCUUGGCCUACUUUGGUUUUCUUGCUCCCGUCUGGGUCAACGCUCCGAGAGUCGACUCGAGUCGAGUUUGGUCGGGCUUUGAAAAUAACGGAGGUUGGCCAAGCUUGUCCUUGGCCAUAUUGAUUGGCCAGUUGCCCGGAAUCACAGGGCAUGUUGGUGUUGAUACGGCGGCACACAUGUCGGAAGAAGUGAGGGAUGCAGCGAAGAGCAUCCCCAAAGUUAUGCUUAUAACUUUUGCCAUAAACUUUACGCUGACCUUUGUCACACUGGUUACUCUUUCGUACCACAUAUCAAAUGUGACGGAUGCGCUCAGCGAUGACACCACGUAUCCGGCAAUCUAA